AUGGCUUACCACAGCUUCCUAGUGGAGCCCAUCAGCUGCCACGCCUGGAACAAGGAUCGCUCCCAGAUCGCCAUCUGCCCCAACAACCAUGAGGUGCACAUCUACGAGAAGAGUGGGGCCAAAUGGGUCAAGGUGCAUGAGCUCAAAGAACACAAUGGACAGGUGACAGGCAUCGACUGGGCCCCUGAGAGUAACCGUAUCGUGACCUGUGGCACAGACCGCAACGCCUACGUGUGGACGUUGAAGGGCCACGUGUGGAAGCCCACGCUUGUCAUCCUGAGGAUCAAUCGGGCUGCCCGCUGUGUGCGCUGGGCACCCCAAGAGAAUAAGUUUGCUGUGGGCAGUGGCUCCCGAGUCAUCUCCAUCUGUUACUUCGAGCAGGAGAAUGACUGGUGGGUGUGCAAGCACAUCAAGAAGCCUAUCCGCUCCACCAUCCUCAGCCUGGACUGGCACCCCAACAAUGUGCUCCUGGCUGCUGGCUCCUGUGACUUUAAGUGCCGAAUCUUCUCUGCCUACAUCAAGGAGGUGGAGGAGCGGCCAGCACCCACACCAUGGGGCUCCAAGAUGCCCUUUGGGGAACUGAUGUUUGAGUCUAGCAGUAGCUGUGGCUGGGUACAUGGUGUGUGCUUCUCAGCCAGCGGAAGCCGUGUGGCCUGGGUCAGCCAUGACAGCACUGUGUGCCUGGCCAACGCUGACAAGAAGAUGGCAGUCGCAACUCUGGCCUCUGAAACGCUGCCCCUGCUGGCUGUCACCUUCAUCACAGAAAACAGUCUGGUGGCUGCGGGCCACGACUGCUUCCCAGUGCUGUUCACCUACGAUGGCACCGCGGGGACACUGAGCUUCGGUGGACGGCUGGAUGUGCCCAAGCAGAGCUCGCAGCGUGGUCUGACAGCCCGCGAGCGCUUCCAGAACCUGGACAAGAAGGCCAGUUCUGAGGGUGACACAGCCUCGGGUGCAGGGGUCGACUCCCUGCACAAGAACAGCGUCAGCCAGAUCUCGGUGCUCAACGGUGGGAAGGCCAAAUGCACACAGUUCUGUACCACGGGUCUGGAUGGUGGCAUGGGCAUCUGGGAUGUGAAGAGCCUGGAGUCAGCCUUGAAGGACCUCAAGAUCAAAUGA